AUGCUAGGCCCCGCAGCAGACACGGUUCUAUCAAUUCCAGAGCUGUUGGAGGCAAUUUUGCUCCACCUUGACAUGUCCACCGUCCUGUUGUCGGCUCAGCGCGUAAACAAGCAUUGGUUGGCAACUAUCAGUGAUUCUAUUCGGCCCCAGCAGCUCCUUUAUUUCAAGCCGAUCCCAUCCUCUAGACUACCUGCAUGGGCCUACUCAACUCCCGAAAAUCCCUGCGUUUUCCUCGAUUUAAGUCGUUGGGAUUCUUUUCGCCGCGCUUAUGCUUUUACAACCGAUAUGACCUGGUGGUCGGAUGAUCAUAGUAUUGCUGAUUGGAGUGAAAUGCCUGAAGAUGUGGACUUGUCAAUCGAGUCUCUACACCGUCAAAAAGCCUUUACUCGUGCCGGUGCCAGCUGGCGCCGAAUGCUGGUGUCUCAGCCCCCUCCCCUAGCGCAAGGUCAUACCUGGCAUGACUACCCAGACAGAGAUAUCACCUUUUCGAAGGGCAUUAUCACCGAGACUCCAAGCCCUUCAACGUUGCUUCCAAUCUCUCAGAGUGGUCUUCGCAUGGGUUUACUUUAUGACCUGAUUCAGUACCACGCUGGACAUCAUGAGCAAAGCUCGCUCUAUUUUCGGAUUCUGUGGGGUCAUCAGUGGCGUGAAUAUAGUGUUAACAAGCCACAUGUCCGUACAUCCAACGAGCUACUCAAAGAGAUAGGGGUCGUUAUUCAGUUUGUCCAUAAAUGUGAUAGUAGAUCCAGGGAGCCUGUGGAUGUGAGAGCCUGGAACUCUGCGUUUAAGAGCGAGGAUUUCCAACUCCCAGAACACGAGACUGUGGAGGCUUGGAGGGGAAGUUGGGACGAUCCUGAUGAUUGA